UAAAACGUUUAAUCAAUUUUACUAUAAAUUGUGACUCUCUUCAAUUAUUGUCAUCUUUAUAAAGUUGAAACCAAUCUGUGCAGUAAUAACAGAGCUUACUAUAAUGAAAUUCAUUGUUGUUAGCGCUUUCUUGUUAGUCUUGGCAGUAAGCUCGCUGGCUGCACCUUCGGGUAAUGGUCAACCGGGAUGUGCUACAAGCCAGGAAAUUGAAACUGUAUUAUACAGGAAUCUUUGGGAUCCAACUGCCUACUGGAAGUGUACAGAACUUAAAGUACCUGCUUCAGCUGGAAGAUGUCCAGAUGAAGAAGCAUUCCAGGAUAGUGUUAAAAAGUGUGUUCCAUGGGACCAAUGGACUUGGGAACCUCUUAAAGCUCCACCAAGUGUACCAAAAGCUUAAAGAAAAAAAAAACGUUAAUGAUCUUUAUACAAAAAUUGAGGUUUCAUUUUAAAUAAAUUUUAGUUGAGCAUUUAAUACAUUAUAAUUAUAAAAUCUCCUUUAAUAUCCAUAUCCAUAUUUUUAAUAAAGAUGAAAUUUUUUAACUAAAUUCAA